AGCAGAGUGAGAAGUUGCUGCACCGGCCCCCUCUCAGGUCCUUAUCAGUGUGCAUGGCGGUGGCCGUCCGGUGCGCUGUGGUUCGUCGUAUUUCCAUCCGCCGUGUGGGGAGGUUAUUUGCAGCUGAUCAUCGUUGGUUCCAGUCUGUGACAAGAAGAGCACCAGUCGGCAAACACUGCAGUUUAUCUUUUUCACACUCAGCUACAGGGUCCACGAUGAGUAAGAAGCUGCUGGUGGAUGUGGACUGUGGGGUGGACGAUGCCCAGGCCAUCAUGAUGGCACUGGCUGCCCCCAAGGUGCAGCUCUUGGGCAUCACCUGUGUGCAUGGAAACACCUCAGUGGAGAAUGUUUGUAAGAACACUCUGCGAGUUCUGCAAGCCUGCAAUAAACUGGAGAUUCCGGUGUUUAAAGGUGCCUCAAAGCCCGUCCUUGGAAACACCAUUCAUUCGGAAAGCUUCCAUGGGCAGGACGGGCUGGGAGAUGCUCCUGACCCUGACGCUCCUAGUCUGGACCUGGUUCAGAAGGAGGGCGCUGUGUCAGCUAUGAUCAGGAUUGUCAAUGAGAACCCAGGAGAGGUAUCUCUGGUUGCCACAGCGCCCCUUACCAACCUGGCUCUGGCUGUGAGGAUGGAUCCAUCUCUACCGAGCAAACUCAGAGGGCUGUACAUCAUGGGAGGCAACACUGAAUCUCGAGGAAACACCACAGUGUGUGGCGAGUUCAAUUUUGCUGCCGAUCCAGAAGCUGCGUACAUCGUACUGAACGACUACCACUGUCCCAUUUACUUGGCCUGCUGGGAGUUUACCUGCUACAGCAAGCUGCCCUGGGAGUUUUGUGACACCUGGUUGGCGCAGGACACCAAUAAAGCUCGCUUCAUGGCACGGAUCUUCCGCCACAGCAUCGAGGUGGCACAAACCGAGCGCUUCGAGAAAGAGUUUGUUGGCGGCGCAGGUUUCAUUUCCUGUGACUCGUACGCCAUGGCAGCCGCCAUAGACGAUUCGUUCAUCACAGAAAGUGACCGUUAUCCAGUCAGCGUGGAGCUGACAGGCACGCACACCAGAGGCAUGAUGAUAGUAGAUACUGUGGGCUUGCUGAAGAAGGCUCACAAGGCUGUUAUCAUAAAGAAGGUGGAUAUGGAAAAGUUCGAGCAGAUGAUGAUGGCUGCUUUAAAAUAACAGCUCUAAACAAGGAGGCAUUAGUGACCAUCAUGUCACAGUUUCCGUCCACACAUUUUGGCUCAAUGUUGAGUUGUGCUUCCUACCACUGUAUACGUGUACCUGAAUUGUAUGAUAAUGCCAUCAUAACAGGAUUUUUUUUAUAUUGUCCUAGAAAUCUUGCAUAUCUGUCAGGUGUAUUUUUGAUGAUAGCACCUCAUUAAACAU